UAUAUCACCAGAUGUUCUUCAGCUAAGGAUGGUAUCCGUUGACUUUGAAUUAAGAUAAACCUGCACAUUUUUUGAGCAUAACAUUGGAAGGGAACGCAGCUUGUGCACACUGCUUUCAUGCUUUGACCUCAAACAUGAGCCCAGAGAAUGAUAACAUGUUGAAAAUUGCAGCUCAAAUGGGUGAUAUAAAUCUUCUGUACACAAUAAUACAGGAUGAUCCAUAUGUUUUGCAAAACAUAGAUUUGAUCCCAUUUGUUGAAACUCCUUUGCAUAUUGCUGCAUCUAUGGGGCAUCUUCAGUUUGCCACAGAGGUUAUGAGGUUGAAACCUUCAUUUGCAUGGAAGCUAAACCAGCAAGGGUUCAGUCCCAUCCAUCUUGCUAUACAAAAUGGCCAAAAGAGGAUGAUGUUACGUUUUGUAGAGGUUGAUAACAAUCUCGUUCGAGUCAAAGGGAGGGAAGGUUUAACUCCUCUGCAUCUUGCAAGUCAAACAGGACAGAUUGACCUUUUAGCUAACUUCCUUUAUGCUUGCCCUGAUUCCAUUGAAGAUGUCAAUGUGAGAAGUGAGACCGCACUGCAUAUUGCUGUGAAAAAUAAACAGUACGAGGCUCUUCAAGUCCUUGUUGGCUGGCUAAAGAGAACUCGCCAUAAAGGUGCUAUGGGGUUGGAAAAAAUGAUACUGAACUGGAAGGAUGAGGCUGGCAAUACCAUUUUGCACAUCUCAACUUUCGCCAAUGACUUACAGACAGUUAAAUUGUUGGUGAAGACUAAGAUGGAUUUGAAGGCAAGGAAUUUGGAGAACUCAACAGCAUUAGACAUAGCAGGCAGUGCAGAGAUGAAGAGGAUACUAUCCAAUGCUGGAGUAAAACAUGGCUCAUCAGUCACUAAUCCUCCCACGUUUGCAGAGAAACUAAGAUCAAGGAUCACAAUUGUGGAUAAAAUAUUAAUCUGUAUCCUUCGCAUUAGAAAGGAUAUAUCAGAGGAACAGAGAAACGCUUUUCUGAUAAUCGCUGCUCUUAUUGCAACAGCCACCUAUCAAUCAGCACUGAGUCCCCCUGGUGGAGUUUUCCAAGCAAAUGCAGGAGACAAUAAUAUGAACACCACCUCCUCCAAUUCUACAGCCAAUAAUUCCCUAGAAAACAAAGGGAAAUCAGUCAUGACUGAAGGUGAUUUCUACCUUGUCCAUCUUGAACACACUUACCCUUUUGCUAUCAACUAUUAUAAUAUAUAUUCUGACCCCAAGCGGGAUAGUUGGGAGUUUACUGUAUACACCAAGUUUUGGUUUGCCUACUGCUAUAUCUAUGCUAUGAAGGUGAUAUCCCCUACCUCUGCUACCACAACUUUCAAUACCAUUACAUUGAACUUAUUCAACUUCUUGCACGCUGGGAUGUUUUGGAUAUUUUCUUUAGUGUACAAAUUCCGCAUUCAUGCUAAGAACAGGGAAAUCAAAACAAGGAAUAGUGCAGGAAGAAAUAAAUGGUAGUUAUAGCACUACUGCUAGCCACUUUUGUCAUGUAUAUAUAUGAUAUGAUACAUGUUGGAGUAUUAAUAUUAAUAGACUGCUAUCUUGUAGAUUGAUAAGGAAGACCAGUCAUGGUUUUGUGUAGGAGAUAUAGAUGAUAAGAGAUUAUUGUUGAGAGUCACAGAUGUAUCUUUUUUUUAUAGAGAAAAUUGAGAGUUGUGAUUGCAUCAUAUACUUGUACUUUAUGGAAUUUCUAUGUAUUAGUUGUGGUUUGGAAGCAAAUUGUAUACUUCACAUAA